UUGUUUUAUUUUUAUUGUUAUUAUUCUCGUCGUUGUUCCUUGUUGAUACAAUAACACACACACACAAUGUCCAAGUCUAACUUUGUCAAGGAGUACAAGCUCGUCGUUGUCGGCGGCGGUGGUGUCGGCAAGUCUGCCCUGACCAUCCAGUUCAUCCAGUCGCACUUCGUCGACGAAUACGAUCCCACCAUCGAGGACUCGUACAGGAAGCAAUGCGUCAUUGACGACGAGGUCGCCCUCCUCGACAUUCUCGAUACUGCAGGCCAGGAGGAAUACUCUGCGAUGCGCGAACAGUACAUGCGAACUGGCGAGGGCUUCCUCUGCGUCUACUCGAUCACCAGCCGCCAAAGCUUUGAGGAAAUCCAAUCCUUCCACCAGCAGAUUCUCCGUGUCAAGGACCGCGACGAAUUCCCCAUGAUCCUUGUUGGCAACAAGAGCGAUUUGGAGCACCAGCGCGCCGUCUCGAGCGACGAGGGCAAGCACCUUGCCAAGACGCUCAAGGUUGAGUUCAGCGAGACCUCGGCCAAGCAGCGCCUGAACGUUGACCACGCUUUCCACCAGCUCGUCCGAAUCAUUCGCCGAUAUAACAAGGACAACCUUCCCAAGAACCCCGAGAAGAAGAAGAAGCUCAAGUGCUUGAUGAUGUAAAGGAAAAUCAAGAAUUUUUGGGUUUUCCGUUUAUGUUUUUUUCUUUCUUCUUUUUUGGUUGUUGGGCCGUUUCCCCCUUCCCUCCUCCUCCGUCCUUGCAUCGGUUUUCACCCUUGUCAUCCUCCCACCUCCGCUUUGUUCGAGUCUUGAGCGCACCCCAUCGUUGCUCGAAACUGCAGACAAAACAAAAACUUUUUUUUUUUUUUUGGGACGCGCUUUCUCUGCUGCUGCCCCUUCCCUCUUCUCCCCCUCUCCACUCCUCCCUCGUUGUUGUUGUUAUAUGAAUGCUGUUGUAUAUGAGUCGCUUUUGUGUGUUGUGGUUAUAUUUCCCCUGG